UUGUUUUCCUCGAAAAAUAUAACACGCUAUCGUCGUAAUUCGUGGGUACCGAAACGUGGGCAUAGUUUUGAUUUUGACUGGAGAGUUUUACAUUUUUUUGGCCAUGGUAACGGCUGCUUAUAGGUAGGUCUCUGUUUUUUCACUUCAUUAUUUCCAACACGAAUGAAAACCUUAGUUCUGUCAUAGUUGUUCGUGGAAGGAAAUGGAAAGUGACGCUAAAAGACCAAAGUGGGAGGCAGAAUCUGCAGACAUCGUGGAUGAAUCGCUGCAAUCAUUUUUACAAUGGUGCCAUAAAGUUGAACUAACCAUAAGCAACAAGGUCUAUCUUUCAAAGGAAGGCACUGUGGCAAAAUAUGGGAUGUUGGCCAAACAGGAUAUAGAUGAAGGAGAACUUCUAUUUUCUAUCCCUAGAAAUGCUCUGCUUAACCAGCAGACUUCGAAAGUUAAAGAUGUGCUUGAGGAGAGUAAAAUGACUCUCGAGAACACAUCUGGAUGGGUUCCUCUCCUCCUGGCUCUUAUGUAUGAGUACACCUGUCCACAAUCCCACUGGACGCCAUACUUGUCCCUCUGGCCUGACUUUAAGGCCCUGGACCACCCUAUGUUUUGGUCAAAAGAGGAAAGGGACAAACUGCUGAAGGGAACAGGAGUUCGCGAGGCAGUGGAAACAGACCUGACCAACAUUCAGAAGGAAUACACUGAUAUCGUGUUACCAUUCAUGCGGUUACACUCAGACCUGUGGGAUCCAGAGAAACACACACUUGACCUCUACAAAAGCCUGGUUGCAUUUGUCAUGGCAUACAGUUUCCAGGAGCCCCUAGAGGAUGAGGAAGAGGAGGAUGACAAAGAUCCCAACCCUCCAAUGAUGGUUCCGAUGGCCGACAUGUUGAACCAUGUGUCCAAUCACAAUGCUAACCUAGAGUAUACAACAGAUUGCCUGAAAAUGGUGGCCCUACGUGACAUCCAUGUAGGAGAGGAGAUCUUUAACACCUAUGGCGAGAUGGCCAACUGGCAGCUUCUUCACAUGUAUGGUUUUGCGGAGCCACAUCAGGAGAACACCAACGACUCUGCAGACAUCCAGAUGUCCAUUGUACACAAAGCAGCUCUGCAGCUUAGCCAGACUGAGGAGGACCAACGCCUGCUCACUGAGAAGUGGAACGUGCUUUGCGACAUGGAGAUGGUUGGAGACGUGGGAGCAUUCAUCUUCGGCAAAAAGUGUUGCCUCACUGACACCGAGCUCUACACGACGCUGAAGAUCCUGUGCAUGGAGAAAGACGAAUUCGAGGUGUUCCAGGAGGAAAGGGAGUGGGAGGAGGUGGACGACGAGGACGAGAUGGCACAGGCUUUAUCUAAUGAAGGUCUGCCAGGGUUGGCUCCAGCCUGGCGAAAACUGCUAUAUACAGCAGUUGGCAUUACUCUGGAUUGUUAUGAGGAGAGCCUUGAGGCAGACAGAAAACUUCUGGAGGACCAAGAAGUCUUGGCCAAGCUGGACAGCCGGAGCAGAAUGGCACUUCAGGUGCGCUACGGCCAGAAGAAGAUUCUGCAGCAUCUUCAGUAUCUCACUCAGUCUGGUGCCAGUACAUCCAAAACAUCUUGAAAUAUGUUAUAAUCUGCAGUUGGUGCAUCUCUAUUGUAAGAGUUAAACAUGCUUCUGUAAAACAAUUUAGAAAUUUGAAUUACUUGUCAAGUUGCUGAUAAAUAAACACUUUUCCACCUUGGGCCCUU